UUACAUAUUAAAUACCAACAUAGUCACUCAGAAUCUCUUAUUAAUUAUCCCGAAAUAAUUGUUUUAUCAACUUACUCAUUGAACCGUCUCUAACAACCAAUUAUGGCGACAGCACAGCCUGUUGUUGUAUCGUUAGCCGAUCUCAAGACCGGGAACAUCUCUUUCGAGACCCUACAAGAGGCCUUUGGCCCGGAGUCGCUAGGUAUUCUCGUUGUUAAAGAUGUCCCGGCAGAAUUCCCGCAGUUGAGACAUCAGCUUCUAUCGUAUGCCUCGUACAUGGGCAACUUAUCCGAGGCAGAUUUCGAUAAGUUUACGAAUGAAGCUGCCAAAUACCUAGUAGGGUGGUCUAAAGGUAGAGAAAAGCUGAAGGACGGAGGAGCCGAUGAAUACAAGGGUUCCUUCUACGCCAACUGCGCAUUUUACGUAGAUCCGUCCUUGGAGUCCGCGAGGCCAACGAAAAAAUUCCCCCUAAAAGAGUUUCCCGAAUACUUGGCGCCAAACUCGUGGCCACCAAACGAGACAUUACCAGGUUUCAGACCGACAAUGGAACAGAUGUGUAGGCUGAUCAUCGACACCGCCGUCUUAGUUGCGCGAGCUUGCGACAGGUUCGCCGAAAAGCAAAUCCCGGGGUAUCCUUCGGCCUACUUGGAGAAGGUGGUUAAGUCUUCGUCUACGACGAAAGCCAGACUCUUGCAUUACUAUCCGAUGCCCGAGGAGCUUAUGGCGAAGAGCCAAGAAGAAGACAAUUGGUGUGCGGUUCACAAGGACCACGGCUGCUUGACAGGCCUGACAUCGGCUAUGUUCGUUGACGAACUGAAGACUAACUCGAAAGUCCCCAAUCUUGACGGAAAGGUGCCAGAUUUACUACCGACGUUGGAGGAAUUGCCCGCAUCGCCGGAUCCGCAAGCCGGUCUUUGGAUUAAGGACAGGAAAGGCGUGCCAGUCCAGGUCAAAAUCCCUCGAGAUUGUAUCGCCUUUCAGACCGGCGAGGCGCUUGAAAGGAUUACUCGAGGGAAGUUCAAGGCUGUGGAACACUCGGUACGGGGAGCAUAUGCUAAAGGUAUCGCUCGAAAUACCCUCGCCGUCUUCACACAGCCGAAUCUCGAAGACGAGGUCGACUUAGACGAGCACAUGACGUUUGGAGACUUUGCUAGAGGUAUCAUAGCGAAGAAUACCGUCUAGAUGGAAAGCAAAGCGUUUGAUAGUUAGACAAAGAAGAGACCAUCAAAAAACUCUCAUAACUUUUAAGUUUUUACUAUCAUAUUUACUAGUGAGACAAAUUCAUAAUGCACUCCGGCCGUAUGCCUACA